AUCGUCCAUCGUCCAUCGUCCAUCUGCCAUCUGCCAUCGGCCGUCUCGGCAUCCACUGUCUUUGCCACUUACCAAUAUCCCGCCGCACUUGAACACCACCGAGCCGCCGUCUGAAUCGCCUCGCACCAGUGCCUGCAUCGGAUCCACACCAUGCCCAACAACAAGAAGCUGUCGCUCAACUCGAUCAAGGGCAAGCAGAUUGCCCAUCCGUUCUCCAGAAAGGCCAGACAGAUCCGCAGAGUCAUCAACCGCGACGGAAAGCUGGCCAACCAAAAGGUGGUUCGAGAUGAAACCAAGCAGCGGAUCGUCGACCGGCUGCUCUUCUUCAAGUUCGCCGUCCCUGUCGAGCAAAUGUCGGUCACCACGGAGCAGCUGCACGAUGCCGUUGUGCUGUACAUCAACCGGAAAGAAGAGGACAUCAACCGUCUGAAGCAAGAGCACCAGAAGCGCCCUCCGGGCCGGUCCAAGCCCAGCCAGCUCAUCAACCUCGAGAACCUGCGAGAUGCCGACCAGAGGGAAUAUGACACUGGGAUCGAGGUGCCUGAUGUGACCGAUCCUACAGCCCUGGCCAUGCUGCGGGACUGGGAAGGCGACUACAACGGCAUCACCCACAUCAAGAUGGUCACGGUCCGGAAUCCGAAGACGAUGGUCAAGUCCGGCCCCGACUUUGUUGUCAAGGCCGCCAAGCCCACAUCGGUGGAUGAGGAGAUGGACGACGAGUGACUCGAAAGUCGCAGAGACAGCACAUCCCAAACGUUUGUUGUCCACGACGACGGAUGGUCCGGUUUCUGAAUCUGCUGCCGACAGACCUUCCUCUCCUACCACCGCGGAGCGAGCGCCAGUGCCUUGACUUGCUCGAUUCCGUUGAUUCCGGUGUUGUUGACUCUGUGCUUCCGUUGAUGUUGUUGACUCUGGUGCCUCUGUUGAUUCCGGUGAUGCUGCCAUCGGUGAUGCUCUCCGUAUCUUGCACCCGGAGAAAUGGCGAUGGCCCAACCAAGGCCCAGCAAUCACUUUGGGUACUCCAGCCCAUCCAACCUUUCAAUAUAUCGCUGAGGAGUUACAGACAUG